AUGGCCGGCAAUCCCAUCGGCCCCAUCGGCCAAGCGUGGCUCAAAUGGAAAUCGCUACGUCUUCCCUGGCGCAAGCGAUUCCUCGUUGGCUUCGACCUCCAAGGCAACACCUACUGGGAGUUUCGCCUCACCACCCGCGGCACCGGCGAAGCCGCCCCCAACGGCCUCGGCGAGGUUGAGCGCUGGCGCCGCAUCGUCCAGUACCCGCGCGGCACCCACCUGUCCUCGGUCAAGGUCGGCCCGCUCUGGCACCAGUGGCUGCGGUACACGCGUCGCGACCCCCCGAGCCUCGACGAGCAGCGCGGCGACGUCGUGCGCCGCGCGCGCAUGAAGCAGCUCGCCGCCGACGCCGACGCCCGCUGGGCGGCCAAACCUCGCGUCAUGGAGGAUCCCCUCCCCGGGCAGAAGGCGGCGCUGCCAACGGCGGCGGCGGCGGCGGCGGAGGAGGGGAAGGAGGCAGCGACGAUGACGACAAGAACGAGCGCACGGGAGCCUGUCACAUUACGAGCCGAAUCGAAACAAAAAGCAAAAACGCAGCGGGACGAGGCCGAGGACGGGGCGGAGGAGGCUGUCGACCCAAAGGAUCCCUGGAAGCAGGCGCGCACGAGGGGACCUAGUGAGGAGUGGCAGCCCCAGGCCUGGAGUCCGAAAUCCAGGAAAUGA